AUGCAGAGCCACCUUCCUCUGCGUCUAUGGCGCCUUUCUGGAGGUCGGCUCUUGGCCUUCCCUAAGGGAAGUCUGGUGCGGGGAGCGCUCCAGCAACCCUGUAGCAGUAAAGCGCUCAUCCGGCUUUUCCAUGCCAAGGUUCCUGCCCUGGGUGCACCCCAUGCGGUCUUGAGAGAAGAUGAUGUGAUUGAUGCAGUGAAUUCAUUCGGCUCUGUUUCUUACACCGUGGGUAAGACGGAGAGGAGCACCGAACGAGAACCGAAGGCAGCUGAAGGUACAUUUGCGUCUGUUCCGGCGCUCUCUGCCCCCACUUUGAAGGCUCUCCACAGUGACUUCAAGUACACUUCAAUGUCACCUGUUCAGAAAGCCGUUCUCUCACUGCUACCAACUGAGAAGGACUUGCUUGUGCGAGCCAAGACUGGAACCGGGAAGACCUUGGCUUUCUUGAUCGCGGCUCUUGAGUCUGCGAUUGCGAGACGGCAGGGACGGCGAUUUAAUGAGAAAAGUAUCACGGUACUAGUAUUGUCACCGACAAGAGAGUUGGCCUUGCAGAUUACGGAUGAGGCGAAGAGGUUGCUGGGCCCCCAUCGGUACCGCGUCGCUACGGCUGUUGGUGGACCUGGGAGGAAUAGAUUUAUAUCCCUGAUAAAAUCUCGCCAGAGGACUGAUGUGUUGAUCGCCACUCCUGGGAGGCUGUUGGACAUGUUGGAAAAUGUUCCUGAAUUUCAAAGCAAAUGCGAAGGGUUGGAAACGCUUAUCUUUGACGAAGCGGAUCAACUAUUAGAAAUGGGCUUCCGAGAUUCGAUCAGUGCCAUCGUGGAGAAGUUGCCGUCUCAAAGGCAAACGUUCAUGUUCUCAGCAACUUUAUCGUCCGGCAUUCAAGCCAUCGCCAAGAAGACGCUGCAGCCUGGGUAUGACUAUAUUGACACUGUUCCCGCAAACGAAACCCCAACACACCUCAAAGUUCGUCAAACGUACGCAAUAUUACCAUAUUCUCAGCAACUCUCCGUUCUUUAUGACAUCAUCCAGCAACAUCGCCAGUCGAAUCCUGCCGCCAAAAUUAUCGUUUUCUUCCCAACCACUAAAGUUGUCUCUUACCUUGCCGGUGUAUUUAAUGAUAUCCCUGGAAUGGACGUUAUGGAAAUUCACUCAAAGCUUACGCAAGUGCACCGGACACGUGUUGCGCAACGAUUCCGACGUGCCCAUUCCGCCGUUCUAUUUACGUCUGAUGUGUCAGCGAGAGGAGUGGAUUACCCUGGUGUAACUUUGGUGGUACAAAUGGGAAUGCCAACUUCAUCUGAUCAGUACAUUCACCGGGUUGGACGAACCGGGCGAGCUGGUGCUUCUGGCGAGGGUAUCAUUAUCCUUAGCCCUUAUGAGAAACGGUUUCUGGACAGUUUGAAAGAUGUGCCGAUCAAACAGGACAUGCGAUACGGUCCGCAGGCACCGGCUGCCAGGAAUGAAGAGGUCAAACAGUUAUUGGAAGAUGCCAUGAGGCAUGCGCCCAAGGAGGCGGCAAUGGAAUGUUACUCGGCCUACAUUGGCUUCCAUAAACAAAACGGUGCACUCCUCGGUAUCUCAAAGGAGACGAUGAUUAAGGGAGCCAACGACUUUGCUACUGGUAUCGCCCCGUCUACCAUGAGACCCGCUCUUCGUCCAGUAUUGAGCAGCUUGGCUCGCCGCACCUCGACCAACAAUAUUGUUGGUGGGCUGUCUGCCUCGUUUGCACUUCAACGUUCACAGGGGUUGUCUACAGCUACCCGUCCCCUCCUUCAAGCGUCGGCAGCAGCAACCGCACCUUCCGCUCCUUCGUCACCGCAAACUAGAGUUCUCUUCCCUGGAGCAACGGACUCGCACUACACGGAGCAACUGCAAUUUGUGCGGGACUAUCCGUCGCUUCCGACGUAUCGGGUCUUGGAUCUGGAAGGAAAUGUUUUGAAUCCUUCUGAGGAUCCACAGUUGUCCAAGGAAGAAUGUCUAAAGAUGUACACAUCCAUGUUGACUCUCAACUCUAUGGAUCUCAUCUUGUAUGAGGCUCAGCGACAAGGACGUAUUUCGUUUUAUAUGACGAGUUAUGGAGAGGAGGCGACGCAUAUGGGUAGUGCUGCUGCUCUCACAUUGGAUGAUAUUGUUUACGGACAAUACCGGGAAGCUGGGGUACUUCUCUACCGCGGGUUCACCAUUGAGCAAUUUAUGAACCAAUGCUAUUCCAAUGAGCUUGACCUCGGAAAGGGUCGGCAGAUGCCCGUGCACUAUGGUAGCAAGGCCCUCAACUUUCAGACCAUCUCGUCUCCACUCGGUACGCAGCUUCCACAGGCCGCUGGAUCGGCCUAUGCGCUCAAACGGACUGGAAAGGACGCAUGUGUGAUUUGCUUCUUUGGAGAAGGGGCGGCAUCCGAGGGGGAUUUUCACGCUGCUUUGAAUAUUGCUGCUACGACUGAGAGUCCAGUUUUGUUUUUCUGCCGUAACAAUGGUUAUGCGAUUUCAACGCCUGCAAAAGAGCAGUACCGUGGUGAUGGGAUCGCCUCUAGAGGUCACGGAUACGGAAUGGACACUGUCCGUGUAGAUGGUAACGAUGCGCUGGCGGUGUACAACGUAGUUAAAGAAGCUCGCCGACGAGCAAUUACCGAAGAGCGACCCAUCCUCAUCGAAGCGUUGACCUACCGAGUUGGACACCACAGUACAUCCGAUGAUUCAUCUGCCUAUCGGUCGAAAACGGAGGUAUCUGACUGGAUGAAGCAAGACAGCCCCAUUGUCCGAUUCCGCAAGUACAUUGAAAACAAGGGCUGGUGGAACGAAGAGCAAGAACAAUCCUUCCGUAAAACCAUCCGAAGCAAGAUCCUCAAGGAAUUUGCUGCUGCAGAAAAAGUAAAGAAACCUUCCUUGGAGCAUUUGUUUACCGACGUGUACGCUGGAGAACAACCGUGGAAUUUGAAGGAGCAGGAACAGGAGCUGCAUAGGCUGAUUGAAAAAUUCCCUGCUCAUUAUGAUACGAAUGGGCAUGCCAAAUAG